AUGUCGUCCAAAAACAUACCAGCUGAUAAGAUCCGGACGGUGUACAUCUACGGGCAACCGAUCAUCUCGCUGUUCGUGGAGAACCAAGAGCGCCUGUGUCUGGCGCAGAUCUCCAGCACGCUACUAAAGGACUUCAGCUACAACGAGAUUCACAACCGGCGCGUGGCGCUCGGCAUCACCUGCAUCCAAUGCACGCCGGUGCAGCUAGAGAUCCUGCGUCGAGCGGGUGCAAUGCCGGCCUCAUCGCGCCGCUGCGGUAUGAUCACGCGCCGUGAAGCCGAACGGUUAUGCAAAUCCUUUUUUGGGGAAUGCUCGCAACCCGCGCUACCGGAGGGCUUCGCAUUCAGCGUAUUCCACGAGUGCGCCUGGGGUUGUACUGGCUCAUUCUCCCCGGCACGCUACAAUUCGUCCCGGGCCAAGUGCAUCAAGUGCGCUUACUGCAGCCUGUUCUUCUCACCGAACAAGUUCAUCUUCCACUCGCACCGGCUCAGCCCGCACGACAAGUACGUGCAGCCGGACGCGGCCAACUUCAACUCAUGGCGGCGCCACCUGCGUCUUCAGGGCAGCCCACCGGAGAAGAUCGUGUACGCCUGGGAGGACGUGAAGGCCAUGUUUAACGGAGGCACCCGCAAACGCUACAUCCUCUCGACGACUCGCAAGUACAGUGGUGCCGCUGGAUCAGCUCCACCGAUGUCCGCCCAAUCGUCAGCGGUUACCAGCAGCGGUGCCAGUUCCGGUGGCUCAUCCGGAUCCAUUUCAGUCACCUCACGGGACACGCCACCGCCACCAUCUACAACGACGACGACAACACUUGAGAAACCAACCGCUUUGGUGGCAAUGCCUGCACCGGUUCUUACCGAUUCCCGAGCCGUCCUGCCGGUCGUCCCGAAGAAGGAGUACUCCGAACAGCAACCCAUCGAUGUGAGCUACAACAGUGAUAGUUGCAGCAACAGCACCAGUCCGUUUGCGCACAUUCCACAUCUGCUUGCUAGCAAUAGCUCCUCCAGCACGAGUGGUGCAGGAUUACGUGCCACGAUGCCACCGACAACACACGGCCACGGUGGCGUUGGACCGCCCAUUGUACCACCGGUAGGUGCUGGCCCGGUGAUGGUGGUUCCGGCGGCUGUCCAUGCACCACCCAUCAGUAGUCCUUCGACGGUAGCGGCCGCAUCCACGGCAGCAGCUGCAGCUGCUGCAGCAGCCGCCGCAGCAGCGAUGGUGUCCAGUCACGCCGCGGUCACUUCACCCGUGGUAACCAGCUCGGCUGCUGUUGCGGCUGCUAACUUCGGCUUCAAGCUGUCCUGUUUGCAACCGUUUGCGUUCAACGGGAUCGGGCACUUCCCAGCGAUGGUUCCGAGCUCGGCCGGUUACCUGGUACCGCUGUUGCGCCCCACCAACCCGAAAAGCAUCUCCGCCGCUGCUAUGUCUGCGUUUAAACCGGUGAUAAACCUGCGGCUAAUACUCGUCAGUGGCAAAACGAAAGAAUUCCUCUUCAGUCAGACGGACUCUGCCGGUGAUAUAGCACUCACAGUAUUCGAAAACUGGCCCGAUGAUUGGGAAGCGGAAGCGGUGGCAAAGGCAGAAAUCUUAAGACUUAUAUACCAGGGACGCUUUCUCCACUGCAAUGUAACGUUAGGAGCGCUGGGACUACCACUAGGCAAAACAACCGUGAUGCAUUUGGUACCGCGUGAUAAUCUACCCGAGCCAAACUCACAGGACCAGCGGCAGAAGAGCAAAGGCGGUUCCAGUAGAUGUUGUUCCACAAGUUGUUGUAUACUGUAACCACCAUCACGGCGACGAGAUGACGCGUACUGCUCUGGUGCGGCCGCAUCAGCGUGGUAUUAUUAUUACGGUCGAGAGCGAUGCCCGCGGGAAGCGCAUUGAACGAUAAAACCAGGCGAUGUGUAGUAGCAGUAGCCGCACCUUCUCCGACACGAAGUAACAUAGGCGGACAAUGCGGCGAGAGAUGGCGGAACAUUAAAUAGUGGGUGGCAAUAGACGACACACAA